AAAGUGGAAGAAUUCACGGAAGCGCAGCGUCUAGGAAGUCCGGUGGGUUAAGGAGAAAAUCAGUCCACAGGUCCUGGCUCCAAAAGCAAAACACAUCACAUGAAGAGAGGAGGAGACUCCAGGACCCAGAUAUCAUCAUUUGUGGGGACAUCCUUGACUGGAGGCUAAGAUUUCUAACUAGAAAUUUAGAGCAGUUCAAGAAGAGACUAAAGACCUGGAAUCCUAAUUACUGGUUACUUCCCAUCAGAAAAGAAAAUGAUCAAGGCCCAGGAAUCACUGACACUGGAGGAUGUGGCUGUGGAGUUCACCAGGGAGGAGUGGCAGCUCCUGGGCCCUGCUCAGAAGGACCUGUACUGGGAUGUGAUGUUGGAGAACUACAGCAACCUGGUGUCAGUGGGGUAUCAAGCCAGCAAGCCAGAUGCCCUCACCAGGUUGCAACGAGGAGAAACAUGGACAAUAGAAGAUGAAAUCCAUAGUCGAAUCUAUCUAGAAAUCAUGAAUGUUGACGGUCAUCUACAGAUACACUCACAAAACCAAAGAUGUCUGAAGAGAGUGGAACAAUGCCGUGAACAUAAUGCAUUUGGAAGCAUCAUUCAUCAGAGGAAAAGUAAUUUUCCUUUCAGGAAAAAUCAUGAUAUAUUUGACUUACAUGAGAAAACACUGAAAUCAAAUUUAAGUUUACUCAAACAGAACAGAACCUAUGAAGUCAAUAAUCCUAUUGAGGUUAACAGAGAUGGGAGUUCACUCCUCAAUGCCAACCAUGAACAAUUUCAUGCCAAAAUGGAAUUCCCUGAAUGUGGAAAUUCUAUGAAUACAGAUUCACAAUUCAUUAAACAUCACAGAACUCCAAAGGUAGAUAAACCCCAUGGAUGCACUGAAUGUGGGAAGACCUUUCUCAAGAAGUCUCGCCUCAUUGACCACCAGAGAGUUCAUACAGGAGAGAAACCUCAUGGAUGCAGUAUAUGUGGCAAAGCCUUCUCCAGAAAGUCCAGGCUCACUGAGCAUCAGAAAACUCAUGUAGGAGAAAAACGGUAUGAAUGCACUGAAUGUGACAAAGCAUUCCGCUGGAAAUCACAGCUCAUUGCACAUCAGAAAAUUCAUACAGGAGAGAAACCCUAUGUAUGCAGUGAUUGUGGAAAAGGCUUCAUCAAGAAGUCUCGGCUCAUUAAUCAUCAGAGAGUUCAUACAGGAGAGAAACCUCAUGGAUGCAGUCUGUGUGAGAAAGCAUUCUCCAGAAAGUCCAGGCUCAUUGAACAUCAGAGAACUCAUACGGGAGAGAAACCCUAUGAAUGCACUGAAUGUGACAAAGCAUUCCGCUGGAAAUCACAGCUCAAUGCACAUCAGAAAACUCAUACAGGAGAGAAAUCAUAUAUAUGUAGUGAUUGUGGAAAAGGCUUUAUUCAGAAAGGCAAUCUCAUUGUACAUCAGCGUACUCAUACUGGAGAGAAGCCUUAUAUAUGCAGUGAAUGUGGAAAAGGUUUCAUUCAGAAGGGCAAUCUCCUCAUACAUCAACGUACUCAUACUGGAGAGAAACCCUAUGUAUGCAGUGAAUGUGGGAAAGGCUUCAGCCAGAAGACAUGCUUAAUAUCACAUCAGCGAUUUCACACAGGAAAGACUCCCUUUGUAUGUACUGAGUGUGGAAAAUCCUGCUCACACAAGUCAGGUCUCAUUAAUCAUCAGAGAAUUCACACAGGAGAGAAACCCUAUAAGUGCAGUGACUGUGGGAAAGCUUUCAGAGAUAAGUCAUGCCUUAAUAGACAUCGGAGAACUCACACAGGAGAAAGACCCUAUGGAUGCUCUGAUUGUGGGAAAGCUUUCUCCCACUUGUCAUGCCUUGUUUAUCAUAAGGGAAUGCUGCAUGCAAGGGAGAAACGUGUAGGUUCAGUUAAGUUGGAAAAUCCUUUCUCAAAGAGACACAGGUCAUCACAUGAAAGAGAUCUCAUACAGGAGAAAAAUCCUGUUGACAUGGUGACUAUGCAGAUGCCUUCUGUGGUAGCUCAGACUUCAUUAAACAACAAUGAAUUACAAGCAGAUAGGAAUGUAGCUAUUGUGGGACAGCCGGUGGCCAGAUGUUCAUCCUCAGCAUAUAAUAGAAUUUGCACAGAAGAAAAACAUUAUUAAUACAGUGAAUGUGGUAGUGCUUUCAGUGAUCAAUUACAUCAUAUUUUAUGUCACAGAAAUGACACAGGAAUAAACUGUGAUACAUUCAAGGUGGAAAACCCUUGAGUAAAACCUUCUACCUGAUUAUAUGGCUGACAAGUGUAUACUGAGAGAAAAGUAGUACGAAUAAAGAGACUGGGAAAGUCUUUUUAUGAGGUAGACAGACCCUAUCCAGUGAUAAUAGAUCACAGAUCUUCAAUGAACUCAUACUUGGUAGAAAUAAAAUAAUCAUGGAGAAGUCCUUGGCCAAAAUAAGACCUCAGUAGGUGUCAGAGAGUUCAUGCCAGAGAGAAACUGUUGGAAGACAUUCAAAGGCAGGGAACGUGGCAGGGUUGCUGAUGGUACAUUCUCCCUCAUCAAUUGUCAGGAGAAAUCAUAUUGAAAUAAAACUAUGAACAUAAUAACUGGAACAUUUUCAGCAAAAUAUCAGUGAAUAUGAAGCAAAUAAGCCCUGUGAGAGUGAAGAAUAUUUUAGAGAUCUUUAUCACAAGUCUAACAAAAUUAUACAUCAGAUAAUAUAUAUGAUAUGCAU